GUCCGCUGCACGGAGCUGUAGUCCCGCCCUCACCGCUGCCAUGGCGGCAGCUGCGCCGCUCUCCAAGGCUGAGUACCUGAAGCGUUACUUGUCUGGGGCAGAUGCCGGCGUGGAAGGAGGUCCAGAGUCCGGUCGCAAGCGGCGCAAAAAACGGCCGAAGCCAGGUGGUGCUGGCAGCAAGGGGAUGCGGAUUGUUGAUGAUGAUGUGGGCUGGGCGGCUAUCUCUACUGCUAAGCCGGAAAAGGAAGAGGAAGAAGAUGGAGAUUUGCCUGUGGUGGCCGAGUUUGUGGAUGAGCGUCCAGAGGAGGUGAAGCAGAUGGAGGCCUUCCGCUCUAGUGCCAAAUGGAAGCUUCUGGGAGGCCACAGUGAAGAUGGACAUUUUCAUCAUGAUGACCAAGAUCCAUCUCCUCCCAGGAGGGCCCGCCAUGAUACCCCAGAUCCAUCUCCUCCAAGGAGGGCCUGCCAUGACACCCCAGAUCCGUCUCCUCCCAGGAGGGCCCGUCAUGACACCCCAGAUCCGUCUCCUCCCAGGAGGGCCCGCCAUGAUACCCCAGAUCCAUCUCCUCCAAGGAGGGCCUGCCAUGACACCCCAGAUCCGUCUCCUCCCAGGAGGGCCCGCCAUGAUACCCCAGAUCCAUCUCCUCCCAAGAGAGCCCGCCAUGACACCCCAGAUCCAUCUCCUCCCAGGAGGGCCCGCCAUGACACCCCAGAUGCAUCUCCUCCCAGGAGGGUCCGACAUGACUCAGAUGCUUCUCCCCACAGGAAGUCUCAUCAUAAUUCUUCAUGUGCAUCUUCUAGGAGAGGCCAUCACGGCUCCUCAGGUACCUCUUCCCCAAGAAGGGCCCAUAACCACUCUCCUGACGCAACACAGCAUAGGAGAACUCUUGAGACUUCAGAUGCACAGCAUCUGAGGAGGGCUCGUCAUGGCUCCCCUGAUUUGGAACUGCCUAGAGCCCAAAGUAGUAAAGCUGCAGAAAGACCCUCUAGCAAGACUGUAUCCCAGAGGGGCCUGGGACCUUCUCACCCAUCGCUCUCCAUGAGCAGCAAGUACGAGCAUGACUCUGAUCUUUCUCCUCCACGGAAACGGCAAGCAAAAGCCCAUACUGGAGCUAAGAAGCAGCUUGAUUCUAAAGGUUCUCACAUAAGCUCUUUACCUAGGACACAUCACAGUUAUACUCUGACUGUUCUUUUCUACAUAAGUGUCUACCAAAAAGCCUCUAAUUCAGACCUUUCUCCUCCACGGCAAAAACAAAAUUCAGGGCAUCGGGGUUCUGACUCAGAUCUGUCACCACCACGGAAUAGAACGAGCCGCCAGAGCUCUGACUCGGACCUCUCUCCACCCCGGAGACGACAGAGGACCAAAGCUUCCGAUUCUGAUCUCUCUCCACCUCGAAGAAGUCCCGCUCCCAGGAGGAAGACUGCACACAUGUAUUCCGGAGCAAAGACUGGGCUGGUCACUGAUGUUCAGCAGGAGCACCAGGAGCUCAAGCAGCAGGACCAAGACAUGGCAGCCCUUGGAGCUCAGUUUGAAUUUGCUGAAACUGUGUUUCGAAACAAGUCUGGUCGGAAGAGGAAUUUGAAGCUGGAGCGCUUGGAACAGAGGAGAAAAGCAGAGAAGGACUCGGAGAGAGAUGAGCGAUAUGCCCAGUGGGGGAAAGGGCUUGCCCAGAGCCGGCAGCAGCAACAGAAUGUGGAGGACGCCAUGAAGGAGAUGCAGAAGCCUCUGGCCCGCUAUAUCGAUGAUGAAGAUCUGGACCGGAUGCUGAGAGAGCAAGAACGGGAGGGGGACCCGAUGGCCGACUUCAUUAAGAAGAACAAAGCCAAGGAGAACAAGAAUAAGAAAGUGAGGCCUCGCUACAAUGGUCCUGCUCCUCCUCCCAAUAGAUUCAAUAUCUGGCCUGGAUAUCGCUGGGAUGGAGUGGACAGAUCCAAUGGCUUUGAACAGAAGCGCUUUGCCAGGCUUGCCAGCAAGAAAGCCGUGGAGGAGCUUGCCUACAAGUGGAGUGUUGAGGACAUGUAACUUCUCCGAGGCUGUGUGGUGCUGUGGUGGUGGUGGGAGCACAGGACAGCCGACGUCAUCCAGCUCUCAUGGAGCCUUGCUAACAGACACAGACCAGCAACUUGCUAUUAGUCUGACCUUUGAACUAGGCACCUAACCUUGGCUGUGCCUUGCUGGCUCUGGCCGGCU